GCCGGCUCAGGGGCCGGACCUCACUCCGCCUCGGGCCAUCACAGCUGUGGUGGAUCCACAGCUCCAAAAAGGCCCUCGGACUCCUCACUAGGCCAGUCCAGCGUCGGGUGGCGGAGCCCCGCACAAUUUCCUCCGCUCCCUAAACGGGGAUCCUUUCUCCCUAGAGUUUGCGAGCAACUUUCCCCUCCGUCCCCGGCGCUGCGGUGGCUCGGAGACCGUGGCUGCCGCAGGUUGCUGAACCUAGGGCUCUGCUCCCCGAACCUGGGCUUCGUGCUCGCGUAGGUCGCUUCCUCUCGGGGUGCACACUGGGGGUCCCCGAUCUCGAGGCCGAGGGCGAGAUGCCUCUGGGACACAUCAUGAGGCUGGAUCUGGAGAAAAUCGCCCUGGAGUACAUCGUGCCAUGUCUGCACGAGAUCGGCUUCUGCUACCUGGACAACUUCCUGGGCGAGGUGGUGGGCGACUGUGUCCUGGAGCGCGUGAAGCAGCUGCACUACAACGGGGCCCUGCGCGACGGCCAGCUAGCCGGGCCGCGCGCCGGCGUCUCCAAGCGGCACCUGCGGGGCGACCAGAUCACGUGGAUCGGGGGCAGCGAGGAGGGCUGCGAGGCCAUCAGCUUCCUCUUGUCCCUCAUCGACCGGCUGGUCCUGUACUGUGGGAGCCGGCUGGGCAAAUACUACGUCAAGGAGAGGUCCAAGGCAAUGGUGGCUUGCUAUCCAGGAAAUGGAACAGGUUAUGUUCGCCAUGUGGAUAACCCUAAUGGUGACGGCCGCUGCAUCACCUGCAUCUACUAUCUGAAUAAGAACUGGGAUGCCAAGCUGCAUGGCGGGGUCCUGCGAAUAUUUCCAGAAGGGAAAUCAUUCAUUGCAGAUGUGGAGCCCAUUUUUGACAGACUCUUGUUCUUCUGGUCAGACCGCAGGAACCCACAUGAAGUCCAGCCUUCCUAUGCAACCAGAUAUGCCAUGACUGUUUGGUACUUUGAUGCUGAAGAAAGGGCAGAAGCCAAGAAGAAAUUCAGGAAUUUAACUAGGAAAACUGAAUCUGCCCUCGCUGAAGACUGAAUGUGCUCUGAAAUCUGAUGGCCUCCUUCAUUUUGGGAUCAGCUGAAUUCUCUGUAAGAAUUGAGAUCUAAAGAUGGCCUCUUCAGUGACCAUAAAUUACUCCCUACUGCUUGCAUCAUUUGCAUCCCUGUAUUGUGUGUGGUACUUCUUGUUUUCAUGCCAGGACUGCAUUGACCUACAGACACUCUCUUUGCCAGACUUGAACUCACUUGCUAACUCCAGAAAUGCCUGCAGACAUCUUCGUUGGUCAUUGGUUAAGGAUAGAUUUGGUGAUGUUGGCUAUCAAAGCAAGAGCACAGGAGUGAACCUUACCUGCACUUUAUGUAUUCUUCCUGAUUCGAAAUGAGGAGGUUUGCAAAGAAAAAAACAUUGGUGACAGAAGCAUCAUUGAAGCUUGAAAAGCAGAAAACUGAAAUUUGUGUCAUCUGGACAAUUUCCAGAUGUUGUUAUUCCAGGGCUAUUGGGGUUUCUGAGAAUUACCACAACAUAACAUUAUUACUUUUAGAAAGGCUGCUGUCAUAGUGAUCAAAUUAUAAGUGUCCCAUGAGGUAGACACUCCUUUUUCCUUUCCCACUACUUGGACUUUCUGCCUCAGGCCCAUUUUCUUGAAAAUGAUUUUCUGAUUGAGAAUGACAUCACCACUUAUUCUUUAUGUUCACUUUUUACUGGGAGACUCUUAAGAGGCUAAAAUUCAGAUAUUAGUUGUUUUGGUUGCUUUGUUGGAAUUUGAAUUUAAAUCAGAGGGACAGAAAACUACCUGAUAGUUUAGUGUCAGGCUCUGGUAACAGUGUGGACAAAUCCAGGUCUGCUGACAUACAAUAAACGUGUGCAUCAUGAAAACUUUGAGAGAGAAGAUGGAGUUGUAAAUGUAGCUGUCCCCAUUUUUUCAGUAUUCCUUUUUAACAAGCUCACCUUUCUUUAACAACAACAACAACAAAAAUAAGGUGCUAUGUUUUAAAAAGGAAAUGGAAAUAAAAAAUUAUCAAAGAUGUUUGAGUUCUUCUGCAUGGUCUAUCCUAUCAGCUUUUCCUCAGCUGACUUGACUCUUCAGAUCCUCUGUGAUUGGCAGUAUGGCAAGAAUCAUGGAAUUUUCUAGAACUGUGGGAGGUUCUGCUUUGUGCUCUACUACUGCAGUAGGCAAAUUUCACCACAUUGAGAACUCUAUUGAGUGAGCAUCUAUUUUAUGGAAGUUACCUUCCUUUCAACUCUACUUUCAUAUUUUUUAAAUCCCUUCAGUUUCCUCUUGAAAAUCCUGUGAACGUAAAGAGCCAGAAAUGUUUUCUUUUGUCAUGUAUGGAAAUAUAGACUUUCCAAUAAAGAAGUUUAUUUUCUCCUUUUAUGGUUUUGGAAAAUUUUCAGAUAAGCCCUGUUGUCAUUCUUUCUCACAACUGGUCUAUCUUGUUUUGUAGUAGUUCUUUUUACCUUCUAAAUAACUUACUAUGUAAUUUACUUAUUUAUUAUGUUUAUUGUCUUAUAUCCUUCCUCUAGCAUAUAAGCACAAUGAAGACAGGGACUUUGUAUGUUUUUAAGCAAUACAAUAUAUUUCCAACACCUAAAAUAGUACCUGGUGCAUAGUAAGGGCUCAGUAAAUACUUGUUGAAUAAAUUCAACCUCUUUUGUUAGCA